GAGCCAGAGGCAGUGACUGCAGCCUCAGCCCCAGCUUCAGCCAAGGCCUCAGGGACUGAGAGUGAGUCUCUGUGUGAGGAGACCAAUCACGCACUGCAGGGAGCCAUAGAGAAGCUGCAGAGCGGCUUUAGCACCCUCCGAAAGGAGAAGGUGGACCUGAAGGAGCGGGUGGAGAAACUAGAGCUUCUAUUCAUCAGGCUCUCUGAAGAGACAGACACGAUGAGAAAGAACAUCAAAUCAUAUGAGCCGCAGAGGGCAGUCCCAAAGCCCCGUCACCAGGAGGAGGGGGAAAAGCGGGAGGUGAAGGUGAGGCGAGCAGCAUCUCUGUGGGGCUGAGGGGGUUGAGAGUGGGCAUGGGCAUGGCUGCUGGCACCAGCGUGGCAGCUAAGCACCCCUGUCUCCAGCUGCAGCUGCAGGAGCCAGUGUUUCCAAUUCUGGGUGACAACGAGGGCCAUGCCAAAUUCCUGGCCACUGCCAAGAACCAUGUUGAUGAGCCAGCUCAAGGGGCCCCAGCACCCCAGGGGCUUUGGACAGUCAACAAACAGGGAGGUGAGUGGAGCCCUCAGGCAGGGUGGGCAGGCAGGGGCAGGGGUGACUCACCCUGUGCUGAGAUCCCCACCUCCCUCUCUCCAAAGAUCUUUGUGAGGUCAGCCUUGCACACAGCAUGGAGCCUGCAAGAUACGCCUGGGAGCGAUCUCCCCAGGGCAACCCCACUGUAGGACACAUCGUGCCACCGCUUCGUGAAAUGAAGACCUUCCAGGAGCACCCAGGCUUGGGCCAGAACUCCUACGUGCCAUUGUAUUACCAGGCUGCCAAGAACAGGGAGAUCAGCAUCACCAUCUUCUAAGAGCUUGGCAAGAAACUUAAACACCAAAACAAAGUUCUGGGGUUAAUCUACACAGUUCAUUAACUUUAUUUAGAUGUUAGAGCCACUUAUGUU